AUGGCAACGGCGCCCGCCUCACGUGACCGCUGCCGCCUUCCCCCCCCCGGGCACGUGACGGGGGGCGGGGCAAGAUGGCGGUGUGCGUCGCCGUGAUCGCCAAGGAGAACUACCCCCUCUACAUCCGGAGCAUUCCGACAGAAAACGAGCUGAAGUUCCACUACACGGUGCACACAUCCCUCGAUGUCGUGGAUGAGAAGAUCUCUGCGAUGGGCAAGGCUCUGGUCGAUCAGAGGGAGCUGUACCUGGGGCUCCUCUACCCCACCGAAGACUACAAAGUAUACGGCUACGUGACAAAUUCAAAGGUGAAGUUUGUUAUGGUGGUGGAUUCUUCAAACACAGCACUUCGAGACAAUGAGAUCCGCAGCAUGUUCCGAAAGCUGCAUAAUUCAUACACAGACAUAAUGUGCAACCCUUUUUACAACCCAGGGGACCGUAUCCAUUCCAGGGCUUUUGAUAACAUGGUGAACUCCAUGAUGAUGCAGGUGUGCUGAGGCUCUGCCCAUUCUCAUCCAAGUGUUGAGAACAUUCCCUGUGUACAGGAAUGCGCCCUACAAAGUGAUGUAUAUAUUGUCUUCAUUCUGUGUAAUAAUUUUAAAUCUAUUCUGUGUAAAAUAAACUCGGCACCUGCAA